AAGCCCGACGAUCGGCGGCUGAUCGCCUACGCCGACGGCGCAUAUUUGCCGGACCGCGGGUCGGCUGGCAUCGGCGUGUACUUUGAGAAUGCCGGUCUGGCGCCGAUUGCAAAGCGGCUGCGCGGCCACCAGUCGAAUGCCAGGGCAGAGGUCUAUGCGCUGGUUACGGCGCUAGAGCAGAUGGCACUGGCGGUGCAGGAUUCCGAGGGCGUCGAGAUCUGGGUGUGCUCGGACAGCAGGUAUGCUGUGGACGGCAUCAACGUUCAUGCGGAGGCCUGGCGGCAGGCGCAGUGGAAGACGGCCAAGGGCAGGCCGGUGGCGAACCGCACCGCAUUCGUGCUGCUGCACCAGAGCAUGGCGCGCCUGGGGAGCCGCGGCCACACUGUGUUUGUGCACCAUUUGCCGGCCCAUGCGGGGAUCCGCGGCAACGAAAUCGCUGAUAUGCUGGCCAAG